CAUCGGCAGCGCGUCGGAGCCACGUCGCGGCGGGUUCAUUACGCCUGCGCGCAGAGCGGCAAGAUGGCGGACAGUGCGGAACUGAAGCAAAUGGUUAUGAGCCUUCGUGUAUCUGAGCUGCAAGUACUUCUAGGAUACGCCGGACGCAACAAACACGGUCGCAAACACGAACUCCUCACCAAAGCUCUGCACUUAUUAAAGGCCGGCUGCAGUCCUGCUGUUCAAAUGAAAAUCAAGGAAUUGUAUCGGCGGAGGUUCCCCUUAAAAAUCCUCACACCGGCGGACUUCUCACUACCUAGCGUGCACUCCAGCACCAUGCCAAGCAACCUGUCGCCCUCCUCCAUUCCUCAGCUUUCUUACGACGGUCACUCCGCCUCCUCCCCACUUCUACCAGUCUCCCUUCUUGGGCCCAAACAUGAACUGGACCUCCCUCACCUCACAUCAAACCUUCACCCCGUCCACCCGGACAUCAAACUACAGAAACUGCCAUUCUACGACCUGCUGGAUGAACUUAUAAAGCCUACGAGUUUAGCCUCAGAUAACAGCCAGCGGUUUCAAGAAACAUGCUUCGCGUUUGCAUUAACACCACAACAAGUCCAGCAAAUCAGCAGCUCAAUGGAUAUCUCUGGAACAAAAUGUGAUUUCACAGUUCAAGUGCAGCUCAGGUUCUGCCUUUCAGAAACAAGUUGCCCUCAAGAAGACCAUUUUCCACCAAACCUGUGUGUAAAAGUAAAUGGAAAACCCUGUAAUUUGCCAGGUUACCUUCCACCAACCAAAAAUGGGGUUGAACCAAAGCGACCAAGCCGACCAAUCAAUAUUACCUCACUUGUACGUCUGUCUACAACUGUCCCCAACACGAUCGUUGUGUCGUGGACAUCGGAAAUUGGACGUAAUUUUUCUCUGGCGGUUUACCUCGUCAAGCAGCUGUCAUCGGCCAUCUUAUUGCAGAGGCUACGGGCGAAAGGGAUCCGCAACCCAGACCAUUCCAGAGCCCUCAUUAAAGAGAAGCUCACAGCUGAUCCAGACAGUGAAAUUGCUACAACCAGUUUACGGGUCUCACUCCUGUGUCCGCUUGGGAAGAUGCGUCUGACUAUCCCUUGCCGAUCGCUUACCUGCUCCCAUCUGCAGUGCUUUGAUGCUACUUUGUAUAUCCAGAUGAAUGAAAAGAAGCCCACAUGGGUGUGUCCUGUGUGUGAUAAGAAGGCGCCGUAUGAGCAUUUAAUAAUAGAUGGCCUCUUUAUGGAAAUUCUAAAGUGCUGUACAGACUGUGAUGAAAUCAAGUUCAAAGAAGAUGGCUCCUGGUCACCUAUGCGGUCAAAGAAAGAUGUGCAGGACGUAAACAGCUCGUGUAAUGGAGUGGACAAUGGGUGCAUCAGCAGUACGGUGGAGCAUCAGGUGUCCUCGCACCAUCAAUCCAACAAAAAUAAGAGAGUGGAGGUGAUUGACCUGACGGUGGACAGCUCUUCGGAAGAGGAGGAGGAAGAGCCCUGUGCUAAAAGGAGUUGUCCGUCGAUAACCCCUGCUUCACCUCUCAGCAACAAGAGCAUGAUGACUCUGCCACACCAGGGUUCUCCUAUAUCUCGAACUCCCAGUUUGCCAGCUGUGGAUUCAACAUAUAUGAACUCCCCACUGAUCCAGGACUACAGGCAUCCCUUCCAUAUGACGCCGAUGCCGUAUGACCAGCUAGGAUUGGACUUCUUUCAGUUUAUGUCUGGAGACAACCAACAUUACAACACAUCUCUCCUGGCCGCUGCUGCCGCCGCCGCUUCCGAAGAGCCGGAUCUCCUUCACUCGUCGCGAUUCUUCCCGUACACCACCUCCUCGCAAAUCUUCCUGGACCAGCUAAGCGCGGGGGCGAGCACCAAUCUACCUGCGACCAACGGAAGCAACAGUGGCAGCAACAGCAGUUUAAUAUCUUCGAACAGCCUCCGCGACAGCCACAACGCAGCCAACCGGGGGCCAGCGGACAGCUCUUCUCUGUACGGCAUAAUCCCAGAUGUUAUCUCUUUGGACUGAUCCCCACAGAUGAGGAACACUUUGGGGAGGGAAUUUGGACCCUCCGCUUGUCACCCUAUUCCUUUAUUUUAUUCUUCUUUUUUUUUUUUUUUUUUUUAUGAAACGUUUAACAAAGAGACAUGUACAGAGAACAGAACUAUAUUUUCAGUUUUACUUUUGUAUAUAAACCGUAAACUUUACUCGUCCCCCCCCUAACAAAAACUGAGACGUGAACCCACCUCUUCCCUCUGCACUUUUUUUUUCCUUUUUUUUUUUUCUCCAACUUGAUCCUGGAGACUGACUCUUGUUCUGGAGACCUCCCCCCUCCCCACCCCCAACCAGUUGGUUGGUCUGUUUUUCUGGCUUCUGAGCAUUACCCAUUACUGAACCCUUUAGAGCAGACACAGUAUUGGUUUGGUUUAUUCACCCCUCCCUCCCCUGCUGGUCACAUGCUUAUGUCAAUCAGUUUUUCCUCGGUCUCCAUUCCUGAACCUACACAGCAAUGAAGCGCCUCCUCCUUUUUUUUUUUUUUUUUGUCUGAUUUUUCAUUUCCUGCACUUUUUAAAAAGUAUUUAUUGGAUCUUGUGGAAGUCUUCACCAGUACACAUGGGAAUCCUGACAUUGCUCUUCUAGGUGGUGCUCGGAGAAGAUCGGGGUGGGUUGGUUGGCAUCUUAUUUGUUGUUGUUUUUUUUUUGCUGCCAAAUGAACAUUUCAACAAAAACAAAGCACUUCUGUUCCCAUCAGCACUGAAAGCUAAGUUACUGAAAAGGCUGUAAGUUUUUUUUUUUUUUUUUUUUUUUUUUUACUUUUCUGGCCCAGCGGUGAGCCGACUACAAUUUCUGAGACUAGGGUUGGUAGUGACACAGAGCUAACACUCUUCCAUUGCAUGGUCUGGUGACAAUUUUUAGGAUAAGAACAAUCCGUAUAGAAAAGUCAGAGUCCACCACGUCAGUUGGCUUAAACCAGGGGGUCUUCAAACUACGGCCCUCCAGUUGUUUAGGAAAUACAAUUCCCAUCAUGCCUAGUCAUGUCUG